UGUUCUUCUUUUUGUUUUAACCGAACUACUCUUGUCUCUCAUUUUCCUUUUCUUCCUCUUCUUCUUGUUUAGGGCUUCAAAGAAAAUAGUAGAAGAGAAAAAUAAACAACAGGUUAUUUUUCGUCCAGUCUGCCUUUCUUGUCAUUCUUUGACUGGAAGACCAAUGGUGGUCUGCGAUUUCGAAAUAGGGGCAUCCAAAUGACCGACUUCUUUCAGGUGAAGAUGUUGGUAUAGUCCAAUUGAAGCUGCUUUGUUUUGUAUAUCUGAUUGGAAAAAGGAUUUUAUUUGUGAUUGGAUGUCUUCUACUGAAAUUUUCCAGAUGUGUAAAAAUUGCCAUGAAUGUUCUCACAUUGCCUCCUUAGAUGUCGCAUCAAUCACUGAGGAAAAAAAAAAAGAUGAUUGCUCAUACCCAUUGAGUUUUUCGAAGAGUUCUCACCUCUCAAACCCCUCUGCAAUGUCUGAAAGUUCUAAACCUAAUCUUGUAUAUAGGCGAAGGAAGCUACAGGGAAAAUCUGCUCCUAAUUUUGUAUACAGCCGAAGGAAGCUCCAAGGAAAUUCUGUUGGCAUUUGCUCAGCACGAUCCCCUGCAUGCAUGAAGAGGAGUGGAGAGGAUAGUGUCUCUGCCAUUAGUUCUGAUGCCCCUUCUAUUGCAUUUAAGGAGCAACAAAUACUUUCUCAAGGUGAGCAUACCGUUGGAGCCCCUGUCAUGCCUUAUAUAAUAUUGCAAGGGGCCUCUCAUCUUUUCAAAUCAGAAUCCAUUAAUGGAUGUUUACUCAUAGAAGAACGGGGUUUUGAUGAAGCUUCCAAAAUUAGAGGCCAGAAAAUCAUUGAGGUUAACAGUAUAAAUGACAGUUGCUCAUCAUCAAUGUCAGGUAUGGAACUUGUUUCAGCUUCCAUGCAGACUGAAGUAGAUGAAACUGGUGAAUGCUCGUCAUCCAGUGCAAUGAUUGUAGAGGCCUCAGGGGAAGAUGGUUCAGAAAAGGAUUUAUCUGUCUCUAUAAUUAGAAGCCAGGGAGUGAUUAAAGAAGCUUGGCCAAGCAGGAGUCGUACUUCUACUGAAGAUGUUGGUGAUAGUACCACUGUUAGCAGUUCUUGGGUAUGCAAAGUUUGUUCGAAUGCAGAAUCUACACUUAAAAUGCUAAUUUGUGAUAACUGUGAAGAGGCAUUUCAUUUAUCUUGCUGCAAUCCUCGUGUAAAAAGAAUACCACUUGAUGAGUGGUUUUGUCAUUCGUGUUCAAAGAAGCGCAGCAAAAUUCUUAAGGAGAAAAUUUGCAGAACAUAUCCUAAUAUGAUUGGUGAAAAGGGCAGAUGUCGAAGUUCUUCUAUAAAUGAAUUAAAUCCUAUUGCAUUGAUGUUAAGAGACGCUGGGUCUUAUGCAUCUGGUGUUCGAAUUGGCAAAGGUUUUCAAGCAGAGGUUCCAGAUUGGUCUGGUCCAAUCACCAAAGAUGUAGACACAGUUGCUGAGGCUUUGGAAGUGAAUCCAUUGGAUUUUGUUUGCUUGACUAAGAGGAAGUCCAACAAGCCAAAACUUGGCUCUAUUGGCAAUUGGCUCCAAUGUAGAGAGGUUAUGGAUGCUACAGGAGAAAGUACUGGUGCAACUAUAUGUGGAAAGUGGCGCAGGGCUCCUCUAUUUGAAGUCCAAACUGAUGACUGGGAGUGCUUUUGCUCUGUCCUUUGGGACCCAAUUCAUGCUGAUUGUGCUGUACCUCAGGAGCUGGACACAGAUGAAAUUCUGAAGCAACUAAAGUAUAUUGAGAUGCUGAGGCCCCGGCUUGCUGCUAAUCGGCGAAAAUUAGGCAACACAAAGAAUGAUGAUGAUUCAAAGGACAAUGUAGAGGAUGUGCCAAAUACAUGAACUCACCACUAGGACAUGAUUUUGUUGGAAAAGUAUCAAUACAGUUUGGGAAUGUACAGUCAUAGAAAUCAUUCCAUAGCCAAGAAUUUUGAAAUUGUGAUACUUGACACGGUUGUAAUGAAAAUUGUUGCAGACUGGAAAAUCAGAGUAAAUAUGUUUGGAUUCUUGUGCAUUAUUUUAUGUGCUAUUUGCUUCCUUAGAUGUAUUGUAUUGCUCUUUCCCUGCAGUUGCUAGCUACUUGUAUCGUCAAAUGCAAAUGCUAGCAGAACUUUAUCUGGGUUGUAAAAUUAUAGUUUCCUGUCCACUUCAAUUGAUUUCUUUUGUGGAA